CGCUCAACACAAUUGAUUUAACUUCUGGUCUGCCUCCUCGAAUCUAGAUGGGUUGCCCUAAGACUGCAGCGACUGCAGCGGGAGGAGGAGGCGGUGGUGGUGGAGGAGGCCGUGGUAGUGGAGGCCGUGGUGCUGGAGGAGGCCGUGGUAGUGGAGGCCGUGGAGGAAGUAGCGCCUGGGGUGGUACUGCGGCGGCAGUGGCGGCAGUGGCCGGAACUUUGCGAUCUACAGUGGGAAUCGAGGCAGCAGGGGUGGGAGGGGUGCGAGUGGCGGGACUCGCAGACAACCCGGAGAAUGGAACCAGCAAUGCCAGCAACAAUCACAACAAUAAUGUUGAAGGAGAUCACGGCAUCAACCAUGACGAUAGGGGCCAUCAAGGCACUUCCUCGUUUCCAUCCUUCUCGUCGUCGCCGCGGCUCCCACAAGGCCGCUUCUGCCUACCUGAUCUGCAGACUCGCCUUCGGUACCGCCCUGGGGACAUGGUGUUCAUCCGAUGUCAGGCGGAACAGCACUUUAUCUCGCGGUGGUCAUCCAGGAAGCGACCGAGCGACAGGCGCCAUGCCUACGUGCAAUUCACCCACCAGGCCGUGUGAAACCAGGGCCUGCUCAGAUAUGAGAAGAGGCUCACAAAAACCUUGGGCGUGGUGGGCGGAAGAAGGAGAAGAAGAAGAACGACACAGGGAAAUAGCGAUGGGACGCGGAGGAGCUCAAGAUGAAGAUGGAGACGGCGACUGCGGCUAUGAUGAAGAUGAAUCUAGCCGGGUGAUGGUCCCCUCCGCCAGGUCUCCGCGUGUUUUGCCAAGCAUUUUGAGACAUUUGGUGUUUUCCCAUGUUGGUCGCCGAUGGCUAUGCCGACGACCUCAGAUUCGUAUGGGACGGGAAAGUAUUUGCGAUCUCGCUCAGGGAUGUACUUUUUGUAAACGUCGAAAGGAGAUUCGGCAUCCAUGCUGUUUCGGUGCUCCGGUGGUGGUGGUGGUGAAGGAAACGGGAGGUAGACGGGUACGCUUUCGAAGGAUCGCUCGAGUCGGCUCUAUGACAAUCGCAUAUUGCUCUCUAUCUUUGGUUACAACCUCCAUACAUGUAAGGGUGCCGUGCUGGACAUUUUCACAUGGAAGCCGCGCGCGUCACCGGAACGUGGGUGAGCUUAUAGGGUUAGGGUUAGGGUUAUGACGGCAUACCUGUCAUACUGUCAGUCCACAAGCUUCAUCGGAUGCAGGGCCUCCUGACUCCGCUUGGCGCCCGGUGAUCCGCCGUGUACACCAUCCAUCCC